AUGUCGAACUUCAGGCGCGCCCCAGUUGGGGGGAGUAAUCGAAACAGCAUCCUAAGUUCUUUGAGAGCCACUGAAAUGGUUGGCAGCAAUGGCAGCAAGCCUGUUCUACCUGCUGAAAUCAUUUCUACGAUUCUCGACUACCUGCCAAUUCCAGACCUCAUGAACUUUGCGCGCACAUCGAAACGAAUGCAAGAAAUGGUAUAUGAAGAUUCGCGAUGGGUAUCGAGGUUGAAAUGUAUGGGUGUGUGGAACGAAGGAGAAGCUAGAAAGAGAUUCGAGGAUAUACUGAGAAAAAAGCGAGAGAUGGUGCGGGUAAGCGCAGAAGAGGAUUCCAAGAGAAUAGGGAUUGGUGUGGGUGUUGGCGGUGCUGGACGAGGAAGUGGUAAUAUUGGAGGGACGAGGAAAACUAGCACAACAUUAUUCGAUGCGGGAGAGGAGGAGCUACGGCAGCAGCGGAGAUCAGCAGAAAUUACUUCGAAUAGCACGAGAGGACUGGCAGAUGGAUUCGAGACGUUGUCAAUAUCAGGGCAAGGCCAUAUGAGUAUGCCACCUCCACCACGAAACCGAACGCCUAUGCAAGAUCCGGAAACCCUGUUGAACGUGUUUGCGGAAGUUAAAUCUAUACGUGGGUCUGCGAGACAUGAAUACGGAAAGAUAUAUGCAGCAUUAGGACCGUUUUAUUACGAUUUGGCUAGAUCUAGAAGUCAUAUUGAUCCGGUUCUAUUUCGAGUUUACCGGUCACCAGAACAACAGGCACAAAUGCUCGCUCAUCUCCAGGUAUUUUCGCGGAGUGAUUGGGCUCAAGGAUGGAGACAACGAGAGGAGAGAUUAAUUACUAUGACGGGCAUAUUCGAAACCGCAGUAUUACGAGAAUUCGAGCAAGGUUACGAGGCGUGGGAUAUUGACGGGAGAAUGCGGCGCUAUGCUCAUGUCUUGGGUGUACUGAAUGGGGGCCAUGCGGGCAUAGAACUAUUCGUUCAAAAACAUCCAAUCUUCUCUGACCGGGAUGUUCUUGGUCACUCAAUGGAUUGUAUCAACCAGGCAGCAUCCGAAGGUAUUGCGCUUGAGCCAUCACGAGAAUUUUUGGAAAAGUUAUCCAAAAAAGUAAAUGAACAAGCAGAUAUAAUCGAUCGGGUUUUCCCUCCUGGUGAGGAUGUUUUACAAAUCUUUUUGGAUAAAAUUGCAGAAGAUAUUCUCAUGGAAUAUGUAACUCCUUUAUUCGAUGAAUCGCAUGAACGAAGCAUCGCGUCUUAUUUACAGGCUGUUUCUGGUAUCUUUGAACAAAGUAUGCAGUUUGCAUCCACACUCAAGCCCAUUAGGAAUUCAGGAAAAGACUUCGUUGAUAAGGUUCAGGCUGUCAUAGCGCGAGUAUUCGAACCUCACGUGGAUCUCUACCUGUCAGAAGAGUUUGAUCAUUUCAAAAGACUUGCCGAAUCGGAAGUAGGAGAUUGGGAGAUAAAGCUCUCGGCACAAGAUGCUUCACAGGAGUCAUUCUAUAUGGGUAACGUUAAUCGCGUUGCAGAUAAGAAGGAUUUCAUGAGUUCGUUCAAGAAGGUCGUGAUGAUGCCUGUCAAUGUUUUGCCCACAAUGUCACCCUUUGGUGCAACUAAACCUGUGAUAACACCCCAGGCAGGGAACCGAUCGAGUUUACAGGUACUUAGCGCGAGUCAGUCACCAGACCCUUCUCGAUCUACCACUCCCUCUUUGCCACCCGGUGCUAUAUCAGUUCCAGUACCAACCGAAGCCCCUACAGAUGAACUUGCAGCCAAAGCUGCUUUGAUGGCUUCUAGGUUGGAAGGAAUUCGAUCACUCUUUAGCAUUGAAGUUGCACUAGACCUUACACAUUCUGCAAAAGCGAGCAUUGAACGUGCAGCUCUAUUUGUCCGACUUGGGGGUCAGACUGGAGAAGAAGCCCGAGAGCAGUGUGAAGCAAUAUUCGUAGUGCUACUGCAAAUUCUUGGGACAAGACACGUCAAAACUGGGUUUGACAAAGCUGUGGAUCAUCUUUCGAAGUAUAAUCCUCGGGAGAUUAGCGAGCACCAGCAGGGCGUAGUAGUACCUCUGAUGACAUUCUUGGAACUUGUCAAUGUAGGUGACUUAAUAUCUCAGAUGAUCGAUGUAUUCUAUGAACAGCAACUCGCAACGACCAAACUCGCGGACCGAAAUGAUUUCCUUGAUCCUGCCGUUAAGGCCAAGAAGAACUUUGAACAAAUGCUAGAUGAGCGAGUUGCCGCCGGCUUGAAUAAAGGUAUCGAUGUCUUAAUGGACGAAGUUGAAUAUAUUUGCGGAACAACCCAACUCCCCACCGAUUACAAUCCACCAGAAUUCGAUGCAACCGGCAUAAGCCCAGAUAUCGACAUUGGACCCACCAGCACCGCCGAACAAGUCGUCGCCCUCGUAGAAUCCCACACGAAAAUGCUCACCGGCAGCACCGACAAAACCAUGCUGGAUGUCUUCAACCAAGAAGUCGGACUCCGUCUCUUCACCGCCGUCUGCAAACAUCUCAAGCGCCAACGCAUCUCCACCUCUGGAGCCAUCAAACUCAUCUCCGAUAUGAAUAUAUAUUUCGUAUAUAUCAGGACAUUGAGAAAUGCGGACUUGCUGCAGUAUUUUAAGGCGUUGCGGGAAUUGAGUCAGAUAUAUUUAAUCAGUCCGAAUCAUGCUAAGGAAAUGGCGACGGUGAUCGCGGAUGGUGAUCGAUUUGGGGGGAUCUUUAGAGCUGAAGAGGUUUAUGAGUUUGCGGAGAGGAGGGCCGAUUGGUAUACGGUUAAAAAGGAUGUCGAGAGGGCUAUGUAUGGGAUUGGAUGUGGAGUUAUGUGA